ACAGCAGAUGUUCAAUCAAACUCCACAGUCGCGGUAUUUGGUUGUGGUGGAGUUGGAUUAUCAGUCAUUCAAGGAGCCGUUGCACCCAAGAAGUUGGGCGCCACUGAUUUUGUCAAUCCUGCAGACUUUGAAAAACCUAUCCAAGAGGUAUUGAUAGAAAUGACAGAUGGAGGCCUUGAUUACACUUUCGAAUGUACUGGUAAUACAAGUGCUAUGCGUGCUGCAUUGGAGGCAUGUCAUAAAGGAUGGGGUCAAUCUAUUAUCAUCGGUGUAGCUGCUGCAGGAGAGGAAAUAUCUACACGACCAUUUCAACUUGUAACUGGUCGCGUUUGGAAAGGAUCGGCUUUCGGCGGUAUUAAAGGAAGAAGCGAAUUACCUGGAAUUGUUGAUGAUUAUUUAAAUAAGAAAUUAGAAGUUGAUUUGUAUAUUACUCAUAAAUUUAAACUUGAAGAAAUCAAUAAGGCCUUUGAAUUGAUGCAUAGUGGAGAUUGGUAA